AAGUCACCAGCUUCAGCUCUGACAUGGUGAACACAGGGAAUGCACAGAGGAUGGACGUAGAUGGAACAGCUGCAGAUUUUAGCGAUGCUUAGAAAGAUCCAGAACUUGUUUAUAAUUUGAAACUUGCUGUGUUGGGAAUGUUUUGAUUUCCCUAGUAAUGGAAAAAGACCCAAACCAGAAAAUGGAAUUUAGACUGGAGAUAAUGGGACUUCUUGUUUUGCUGACAGCUGCUUCAUCCGUCGCCCUGAGCAGAGAAGAAUUUACAGAAGCGGUGGUGUAUUUAAAAACAUAUGGCUAUCUGCACAUCCCACUGGACGGUAAAGGCCAUAACCAUCCACCCGAGGAGAUAGUGGAAGCCCUAAGAAUUUUUCAGAAAGUGACAAACCUGCAAAUAUCAGGAAAACUAGAUUCAGCCACAUUGGCGAUGAUGAACAAACCUCGAUGUGGUGUGGAGGACGCCUUUAUUAACAAAUCUCUCAAAUAUCGAGUCCUGGGUUACUGGCGCAAGAAGAUGUUGACCUACCGCAUUUAUAAUUACACCCCUGACUUGGGUCAGGGAAAGACCCGUUUGGCCAUCCAGAAUGCAUUUAAGUACUGGAGUGACGUGUCACCUUUAAGGUUCAAGGAGUUGCAGCAAGGCAGAGCAGACAUCAAAAUCUCCUUUCACAGAAAAGACAAGACGUGUCCAGUGCCUUUUGAUGGGAGAGGUCAUGUUUUAGCCCACGCUGAUGCCCCUGAGUCAGGCAUAGUGCAUUUUGACAACGAUGAAGUGUGGACAGAAGGAAAGACCUACGGCUCCAACCUGAGGAUUGUUGCAGCCCAUGAGAUUGGCCAUGCUCUUGGCCUGGGACACUCUCAGUACCACAGUGCUCUGAUGGGACCUGUGUACAACGGAUACCGCUCCGACUUUAAGCUACAUCCAGAUGACAUACAAGGGAUCCAGGCUUUAUACGGAAAGCCAGAGAAGACUCCUCCGUCCAGGAAUCCAAGCCAGUUUGUGCCAGAAGGAGUUGUUCCAGAUCCCUGCAAGGCCACUCUAAAUGCAGUGAUGUUGGGUCCUUUGCGUAAGACUUAUGCUUUCAGUGGUCAGUACGUGUGGACGGUGUCCAGCUCUGGCUACAACAAUCCCAUCCUGAUCUCUGCACUGUGGAAGGAGCUGCCAGGGAGCCUGAAUGCAGCUGUUCACUCUCAGCGCACUGGCAAGUCAUAUUUUCUGAAAGAAGACAAAGUAUGGAGGUACACUGGCUUCAAACUUGACCAUGGCUUUCCCAAACGCUUGGCCAAUAUUCCUGCUAAUAUUGACUCAGCCUUGUAUUUCAACAAGAACAAAAAACUCAUCUUCUUCAAAGGCUCUGGAUACUGGCAGUGGGAUGAAAUUGGCCCGACAGAUUUCAGUUCAUAUCCCAAACCUAUUGGACAACUCUUCCACGGGUUACCCAGCAAUACUGAUGCUGCAUUAACAUGGACAAACGGUCACAUAUAUGUGUUUAAAGGCUCACAGUACUGGCGUGUAAACCAGAACCACCAAGCAGUGGAGAAGGCCUAUCCUCUGAGCACUGCUGCACACUGGAUGCAGUGUGACGACUGA